AUGAACCGCCAACCCCCUUCAUCCACAAGACCGAUCUCUACCUCAGCCCGCGUCCACCCACCGUAUCUCCCGUAUCUUCAUAGCAGCAGAGGAAAGGGCCUGAAAUGGAUCCCACCGCUCGCCGCGGUCGUCACGGCCGGCUAUGCCGUCGCAUCCUACCGCCAAGCACAGGUCGAUGAGCGGCUGGCGGCCGCUGAGCAAGCCGAAGUCGAGAGGCGGCGGCGCGAGGCAGCCCUGGCCGAUGCGUAUGGCGACCGGGGAAGCUUGGAGGAGCUGGAGAGGGCGAUGCGGGUCUAUGAGGCACAGCGGCGGUGA